CUCGUCGUUGUUUAUCCUGUCGGAAGAUAACUGUAUACGCAAGUACACCCGCUUCAUAAUCGAAUGGCCACCCUUUGAGUACGCCGUCCUACUAACCAUCAUCGCCAACUGCGUGGUACUCGCCCUCGAGGAGCAUCUGCCCAAGCAUGACAAGACCAUCUUAGCCCAAAAGCUUGAGUCAACGGAGAUUUAUUUCCUUGGGAUCUUUUGUGUCGAGGCGAGUCUUAAGAUCCUGGCUCUUGGUUUCGUCCUCCAUCGUGGUUCUUAUCUUCGCAAUAUCUGGAACAUCAUGGAUUUUUUCGUCGUGGUGACCGGGUUCAUCACGGUUUUCGGGCAAGACGUGAAAGACAUGGAUAUGGAUCUGCGUACGUUACGUGCAAUACGUGUGUUACGACCGCUCAAACUUGUCUCCGGCAUUCCAAGUCUCCAGGUAGUGUUAAAAUCCAUCAUCAAAGCAAUGGCACCACUUCUACAGAUCGGCUUGCUGGUACUCUUUGCCAUCGUUAUAUUUGCCAUCAUCGGUCUCGAGUUUUAUUCGGGAACCUUGCACAAAACGUGCUAUAGUAUAGAAGAUAUAGAUAAAAUAGUAAAAGAGGGUGAUCAGCCAAGUCCAUGUAACACAGAUAAUAAACCUGAUGCGCCGACCGGUGCUCACGUGUGCAAUCCCAACAUUUCAGUCUGCAGAGAUAAUUGGGCGGGACCAAAUAGUGGUAUCACAAGCUUCGACAACAUUGGAUUCGCAAUGCUCACCGUCUUCCAGUGUAUUACUAUGGAGGGCUGGACUGCCAUAUUGUACUGGACGAAUGAUGCUCUUGGUAGCUACUUCAAUUGGAUAUACUUUAUACCAUUGAUCGUCCUUGGAUCUUUCUUUAUGCUUAAUCUAGUUCUUGGUGUGUUGAGCGGAGAAUUUGCAAAGGAAAGAGAGAAAGUGGAAAACCGGCAGUCAUUUUUGAAAAUGCGUAGACAUCAACAGCUUGAAAGAGAGCUCAAUGGUUAUGUGGAGUGGAUCUGCAAAGCAGAGGAAGUGAUAUUAGCUGAAGAAAGAACUACAGAGGAAGAAAAGAUGCACAUAAUAGAAGCAAGAAGAAGAGCCAUAAAACAACAGAAAAAAAAGUUAAAAAAUCUUGGAAAGAGUAAAAGUACAGACACAGAAGAAGAAGAUGGUGAUGACGAUCAAGGUGAUGAGCCUAAGAAAAAACUGAAAGGAUUUUCGAGAGCUUCAUAUCUCAGGUCGAGGGUGAAGAACCAGGGCGUUUGUCUUCAGUUCUGGCGUGCCGAGAAGAGAUUUAGGUUUUGGAUCCGGCACACAGUGAAGACGCAGUCAUUCUACUGGUUUGUCAUCAUCCUUGUGUUCUUCAACACAGUUUGCGUAGCAGUUGAACACUACGAUCAACCAGAAUGGCUUGAUAGAUUUCUUUUUGUUACGGAGUUUGUAUUUCUGGGGCUCUUCAUGUGCGAGAUGUUCAUAAAAAUGUACGCUCUUGGACCACGAAUUUACUUCGAGUCAAGCUUCAAUCGAUUCGAUUGCGUCGUCAUAUUGGGAUCGAUAUUUGAGGUGAUAUGGUCAGCUGUAAAAUCCGGUUCAUUCGGUCUCUCCGUCCUGCGUGCCCUGCGACUACUCAGGAUAUUCAAAGUCACCAAAUACUGGUCGAGUCUGAGGAAUCUCGUCAUUUCGCUGCUCAAUUCAAUGCGCAGCAUCAUCUCUCUUCUAUUUCUUCUCUUCCUCUUCAUCCUCAUUUUUGCUCUACUAGGAAUGCAACUUUUUGGCGGUCAAUUUAAUUUCCCAUCUGGUACGCCAGCAACUAAUUUCAACACCUUUCCUAUUGCAUUGCUAACUGUCUUCCAAAUCCUGACCGGCGAAGACUGGAACGAAGUGAUGUAUCAAGGAAUCGAUUCGCAAGGCGGUCACAAGGGAGGAGGAAUGAUUUACUCGCUCUACUUUAUAAUCCUUGUGCUCUUCGGCAACUACACUCUACUUAACGUCUUCUUGGCUAUCGCCGUAGAUAAUUUGGCGAACGCACAAGAAUUGACAGCAGCCGAGGAAGGUCAAGAGGAAGAGGAUAAAGAAAAACAACAGCAAGAACUUGAAAAAGAAAUGGAAGCUUUACAAAUGCCUGCAGACGGUAGUGGGCCAAAAGUAGAAAUAUCACCACCUAGUCCGUCACAAAAUUUAGGUGGUAAAGGAGAAAAACAGGCGUCCGAAGAGAAAAAACAGGAGGACGACGAAGACACGGGACCAAAACCAAUGCUGCCAUACUCCUCCAUGUUUAUAUUAUCUCCGACAAAUCCUGUAAGGAGAGCCGCCCACUGGGUUGUAAAUUUAAGAUAUUUCGACUUUUUCAUAAUGGUCGUUAUAUCUUUAUCAAGUAUAGCACUAGCCACGGAAGAUCCAGUCGACGAGAAUUCGCCGAGAAACACAAUACUGAACUACUUUGAUUACGCUUUUACCGGCGUCUUUACGAUAGAGAUGCUUCUCAAGGUCGUUGACCUGGGAAUCAUACUCCAUCCCGGCUCGUAUUUACGCGAGUUCUGGAACAUUAUGGACGCAGUGGUAGUAAUUUGUGCCGCCGUAUCAAUAGGUUUUGAUAUAAGUGGUAGUUCGGCGGGUCAAAAUCUCUCGACUAUUAAAUCAUUACGUGUGUUACGUGUGCUUAGACCUUUGAAAACUAUUAAAAGAGUGCCGAAACUAAAAGCUGUGUUUGAUUGCGUGGUUAACAGUUUAAAGAACGUCAUUAACAUUCUCAUCGUGUAUAUAUUGUUCCAAUUUAUCUUCGCUGUCAUUGCAGUGCAACUAUUUAACGGAAAGUUCUUUUAUUGCACUGACGAAAGCAAAAGAACUAAAGAAGAAUGCCAAGGUGAAUAUUUUGUUUUUGAAGAAGAUUCACUACUGCCGUCGGUAAAAAAUCGUACGUGGCAGCCACAAAGUUUUCACUACGACAAUGUGAUGGCUGCUAUGUUAACUCUGUUUGCUGUGCAGACAGGCGAGGGUUGGCCUCAAAUUUUACAACAUUCAAUGGCCGCUACGCAUGAGGACGAAGGUCCUAUUCAUAAUUUUCGUAUCGAAAUGUCCAUAUUUUACAUCGUAUACUUUAUAGUAUUUCCAUUCUUCUUUGUUAAUAUCUUCGUCGCUUUGAUUAUUAUUACUUUUCAAGAGCAAGGUGAGGCUGAAUUACAAGACGGUGAAAUAGACAAGAAUCAGAAAUCUUGUAUCGAUUUCACGAUAGGAGCUCGGCCUCUAGAGAGGUACAUGCCGAAUAAAAGAAAUAGUGUAAAAUACAAAAUAUGGAAAAUGGUAGUGUCAACACCGUUCGAGUACUUCAUCAUGAUGCUUAUCGUUUUGAAUACUCUACUUCUCAUGAUGAAGUACCACCGGCAGAGCGAGCUGUACAAAGCCAUACUGAAGUACAUGAACAUUUGCUUCACGGGGAUGUUCACCGUCGAGUGCAUUUUGAAGAUCGCCGCUUUUGGCGUCAGGAACUUCUUCAAAGAUCCAUGGAAUACAUUUGACUUUAUUACGGUUAUUGGAAGCAUCGUGGACGCUCUUGUCGUGGAAUUUGGGGAAAACUUCAUCAAUGUUGGAUGUUUGAGACUCUUUCGUGCUGCUAGACUGAUUAAAUUACUCAGACAAGGGUACACGAUACGAAUUUUACUUUGGACAUUCGUACAAUCAUUUAAGGCGUUGCCCUACGUUUGUCUACUCAUAGCAAUGCUAUUCUUUAUUUAUGCAAUCAUCGGCAUGCAGGUUUUUGGGAACAUCGCGCUGGAUCCCGAUACCUCAAUUUACGAGCACAAUAACUUUCAGAGUUUCAUUCAAGGUCUGAUGCUGCUAUUUCGGUGUGCUACAGGUGAAGCGUGGCCAAGUAUAAUGUUAUCAUGUAUAAAAGGUCGAUUAUGUGAUCCAAAAGCAAAACAAGAGCCUGAAGGAUGUGGUUCAAAUCUUGCUUAUGCUUACUUUGUUUCGUUUAUCUUCUUUUGCUCAUUCCUUAUGCUUAAUCUCUUCGUUGCCGUCAUUAUGGAUAACUUUGACUACCUCACUCGUGACUCUUCUAUUCUUGGUGCCCAUCAUCUCGACGAGUUUGUGAGGAUAUGGGCAGAAUAUGAUCCAAAUGCAACCGGUAGAAUUCACUUUACAGAAAUGUAUGAUAUGUUAAAAAAUAUGGACCCUCCUCUUGGAUUUGGUAAUAAAUGUCCCAAUCGACUUGCAUAUAAGAAACUCAUCAGGAUGAACAUGCCUGUAGAUGAUGAGUGUAAAGUCGCCUUUACAACGACCCUAUUUGCCUUGAUUAGAGAAAAUCUCAGUAUUAAAAUGAGAGUCGCCGACGAGAUGGACCAAGCUGAUGAAGAAUUAAGAGACACUAUUAGAGCCAUUUGGCCUUUACAAGCAAAAAAGAUGUUGGAUCUUUUGAUACCUCGGAAAGAAGAACUAUCCAGAGGGAAACUUACUGUGGGUAAAAUAUAUGCUGGCCUGCUGAUCCUCGAAAAUUGGAAAACAACGAGGUUUGGUCAAAUACAAUCAGCUGGCGGGCAGCAUUCGACCUUCUUCAACUGCCUGAUGGACAUGGCUGGGGUGAACCACACAGGUCCUAACCACCACGGGAGCAGAUUGAACAGUCUUGAACCUCCUGUUCAAAAUGGAAAGUCGGAACAACAUGAGAAGCUGGAAGAUGAUGAAGAGGACGGAGCCUUUGAGGCUCUUGCUGCCGUCCAGAAAAGACGCCAACGUAGCUUCAGAAACAAAAAGGUGAACUGGAAGAUGUCCCACCAGUACGAUAAACUAGGGAGCAGCGGAGAGAGUAGCCAGGGAGGGGGUGGGUCUGGGGUUGUACGCGUAGUUAACGGCGAGGAACGCGGCCCUGAGCUAGAGCCGUUGCUAGCAGAGUCCUCCCAGGACCACCACCACCAUCAUCACCAAUACUACGAAACCGACAAUGAUCAAUACUACCAUCACUAUCAUCAUCAUCAUCACCGACCACCCUCGUACUAUCAACACCAGAACACCUACGCACCUCGCUCCUCAAUCCGUUACCUCAAGGAUCUGCAGGAUGUCGCAGUUAGUGAUUCACGAGUGGGGAGUUUAGAGAGUCUGACACAUGCUGAAGACAGGCUUCAUCCUCAGCAGCCACCUCAUCAUCCAUCCAGACAUUCUCGUUCGCCAAGUCUAAGAAGGCAUUCACCAAUACACAGAUCGCCAUCACCGUCAAGAAGGCAAAGAUAUGAUCACCAUCAUCCUUACCACGAAGGUCCUGGGUUUAGUGAUACAGUUAGCAAUGUGGUAGAAAUCCAGAGACACGUUCAUCACCCUCAUUCACAGUACAAUCACCGACAUAGGAUGAAAGACUAUUACGACCACUACGACUAUUACGACGAUGGUCCAUGGAGUGCAUCCACAAGUCCUGCCAGAUCACCAAGUCCAGUGCAUAGGAUGGAGCAUGGUCGUCAUCAUUAUGGUACAACAAGUCUAGAACAGAGGUCGAGAAGUCCAAGUCCCACAUCAAGACGUCAACCACCUCAUCCUCAUCAUCUUCAUCCACAUCAGCACAGUUAUCCAGUGUUAGUAACAAGACGUGGUCAUGGAAGGCGGUUACCGUUGACGCCAAAUAAACCAUCAACGCUGCAGUUAAAAUCAGCGAAUAUAAACUUUCCAAAAUUAAAUGCAUCUCCAACGCAUGGUGCACACUUAACACACCAUCCGAUGCCACAGCCUGGAAUGCAUUUACCUCCAUCAGGCGCUGGAAUACCUCACAUGCCGAGUAUGUCUCGAGACCACUGUCCGAUGAGCUUCGAGCAGGCAGUAGCUAUGGGUCGUGGUGGUCGUUUAUUGCCGAGUCCUGUACCUAAUGGAUAUAAACCUCAACCUAGUGGACCACCAAAACAGAGGACACCAAGAUCAAGGCACUCAGAUAGUGAUGAUGAUGAUUGGUGCUAGCCAAUGUGGGACCCUGGACGGUGGUCCGGUGAUGUGGACGCUUCUUCAAGAGGGCUCUCGGCCUGUGCGUGAUGCACCCAGAGGACUCUAAUAAAUAGUGCAUUGUUUUGGCGUUUGCGACGACCGGAAGGGGUCAGUUAUUUAGGCAAAAAUCUGUUUCGCAGAUAAGCCUAUUUUUGUGCAUGUUUUUGAAGAGAUUAUUAACCCUUUUGGAUUAUAUGUAGAUGUAUAUACGUGACAUAUGUAUAUAUGCGUAUAUGUAUACGUAUUUGUGCGUUUUGGAGAAAGCCCUGAGUUCUCCUAGAUUAUUUGGGGACUCUUGUAAAUUGAAGGAGUCUUUUGCAAUGGAAUUUCAUGACGCAUCCACAGUCUUUCUGGUGAUUUCUGAGUCCAAAUAAACCCCGACCGCAAUAAAACGGGGCACUUUUUAUACGUUCAUGCUCGAUCGGUCUCGUGAGACUCAGAUCUACCAGAGAGAUUUGUUGAUUAUUAUGAAUUGAAGCUUCAUUCGUAAUUGAAGCAUCUUUGAAUUCAUUCAUGUCCUUGGAUACGCCAUGAAUUACCAAUUUUUCAUGAUGGAUUUUGUGAGCCGGAUUCUCACUGAAAAUUUUAGGUAAACGAUUUAAUGAUAAUCGUGUCAGUGACGCGUCUCUGAUUGUCAUAAUAAAAAAAUAAAUGAUAUUAAUAUAAUGAAAUAUAGAAAACAAGUAUUAAGCAAAUCGAAGAAGUGCUUAUACAUAUAUGAAAGACUUUAAUUAAAUUUCUCAUAUAGAUUACACUGCCCGGAUCACCGAGAUCUGUUAUCAAAAAUAGAAAUAUAUAUGGACUGAUAACUGAAAGCAGUCUUGGUGAACGGUAUAAUUAAAUAAAUAAUUGACAAAAUCUUAAAAUAAUUAUAUAAAUUUAAUAAAUCCAAAGUGCGGUCGUGCGGGCGAGGAUUUCAAUGUAGAAGCGAAGCAUCUGUUUGGUUCCUCGCUCUUACGCGUGAUUCAUUGCGUCGUUUAGAUAUCACUCUCGUGUUUUCACUACACUUUAAUUAAUUAAAUUAAAUCCUUAUAGAUUCUCUAGUGUUAUUUAAACGAGAAUGAGCGUCUGGCUGAGUGAAAGAAUAUGUGCAAUUAUGUUUGAGAGAAAAAGGCGACCGAAGCCAACGUUGACGAGUUUUUCAAAUUGUUCUUCUUUUUAUUAACAGGGUCUGAAAUUUGGGGCUGAUGCGAUUAAACACUUCAAUAUUAUAUCAGACGCAUCAAAUUUGACUAUUUCUAGUGUAGUUCAUGCCAAAUUUGUUAAAAUUAUCCAAAAUCCUUUCGAAAUUGAUACAAUAAUUACAGUAAAUGUUGAGAUUCACGUGAUUCGCCAUUUUUUAUAAUUAUAAAGUUUUCAGACUCUCAGUAAAUAUGAAAACAACACACCUUACUAUCAUUACAUUAAUUUUACAUUAUAAAUUUUAGUAUAUUUAAUUAUUUAUUGAAUUGUAAGUUUGUUUAUCAAAAUUUAUUGUAAUAAAGAAUAUAAAUAUCUGUUUUUUUUUAAAUGAUAAAACUGAUUCGUAUCAUAGUCUAUUUAUUUUUUAAUUUUUAUGCCAAACUGCAUGCCUGAUUGUUUGUGCCAAAUAUAAUUGAACCUUAAAUUCAUUCGAUGGGGUAAAAUAAUAUUUUACAAUACGACGACUUUUAAUAUUUAUUAGAAAACAUUAAAAACUGCGCUGACUGUUAUAAUUGAAAAAAAAUUAUGAACCGUAUAAAUAUUCAUUUGGAGUUGUAGAAAAAAUGGCAACAAGAAAAUAUGACUGUUAGUUAAGACAAAUAAUUUUUAUGUAAUAUUAUCGACGUCUUAUACAUUUAGCAUACUGCCAAUGACAUCGUAGAGUUUUCAAAGGCAUAACGAGGCAUGCAUUUGUUGAAACCAAUAAUUUGGUCUAACAAAAUUAAUUUCCAAACUAUCAUAAUUAUAUUUAUGACUGAAAAACAAGUUAAUUCAAUUAUAACUUAAUAUGAAACUAAAAAUUUCUCUUUAUUCAUCAGGAAUCGCGUGUUUUCUCUUCUACAAAUUUGAUUAUGACAUUAAAAAUUCAAAUUAACUCAAGUAGUUUAAACAAGAUACACUUUUUAAAUUGAUAAAAAAAUUUAAUAAAUUAUAAUCAGACAAUACAAGUUAGGAAAAUGAAAUUAAGGAUGACUAGGAUUAAAAAAAAACAAUUUCGGCAAAUAUGGCAAAAUAACGUGUAUGACAUCGGGCGUUUAAAAGUGAAUUAAAAUAUUCUUAAUGGUAUUUUUCUGUGAUAAAUCUAAACCCAAAUUUUAGAAACCAGAAAAUUAUCUAGUCGUGAAACUCAGUUAAAAUGAAAUUACAAUUAUGAAAGAAUAAUUCUGCUUAAAAUCUAUCUCCUUCCAGUACGUUUGUAAAACAAGUAAAAAGUAUUCGAAUAAUUUUUCAUUAAACAAAAAACGAGAAUAUUACCAAUUAUAACAAUUUAGUCAUGAAAGUUUAUAAAAUAUCAUAUGAACAAAAUAAUAAAAUCUGAGAAAAAUUCAAUUGAAUUCGGUACUGAACAAUAAAUAAACGAGGAAAUUGAUAAAUUAGUAUGAUAAAAUAUAAAAAUAGAAUUGUCUGAGCUACAAAAUAAAUGAUAAAGACUUUCGUAUAAACAAUUGAUUAUACGAGCGUUGAAUGACUGCAACAAAUAGAAAACGUAUGUCUGAAAAAAAAAUUAACAAAUUAAAAUAACAGUCAUAAAGACGAAUAGAAAGAGUGAGAAAUGAGCGUAUAAAAAGUACAUAUUUCAAAAAUAAAAUCAGUUGAAUA